ACACACCUUCCCUUGUCGGAGGUUCCCGGGCGUUUGCCGUCGACGUGACGACAGCUUCCUAUUGAUCAGCCUCAUUGCAUGCUGUUUAGAAGGAAUAACUUACUUUCCAAUCCUUCAUUACGACGCUGUUAAGUCUUGCCUUGAAUGAACGAUUUCCUCGGGAGUCCUCACACCUGCGAUGUCGUCGAGUCCACCAUGGAGUCAAUUGCAGAUUCUUUGUCUUCCUGGUGACCGUUUGGAUUGAUAAUACAUGCGGUAUGCUGGAUGUAUACCACCCCCGUCUUUGUUGUCCGGGUCUACCUUGUCAGAGCCGCGUGGGGGACAAAAGCGUUAGUGAGUGUGGCCCGCAGUCUUUGGCCCUGGUGGUUGACAUAUAUAUCUAUACCCAGGGCGCGAACCUACCUCUGUAUACUUCUCUCACAUAUCUAUAGAAUGGAUCUUGGAUUCUCUCAACGAAUUCCUUCUAUCUCGUCUCUCCCUGAUGACGUUUUGGCCGAGGUCUUUAUGCAGUUUGCUUCUGUAUAUCUCGUGUCACUAGACGCCAAGUCGUCUGAGGAUAUCGUCGAGCUCAGCCACGUCUGUCGACAUUGGUACUAUCUUAUGCUGGAUCUAUCCCUCUUGUGGUCGAGGAUUCAACUGGACGCUCCUGUCUAUGCUCAACAGUUUCUCACGCGGUCUCGGAAUGCUCCAAUAUCCCUUCACGCACGCUUUCUGACUUCUUCAUGUGAGUUGAACAUUCGACCACAUCUAUCUCGAGUGAAAAGCAUUCGCGUAUUUGGUACGGAAGAUGGUCUGCGAGCGCUUUUUUGUGGUCUGGACGCCCAAAUCCAAUUGGACCAACUCACAGACAUUGAGAUCGGAGGCAGGCUUGGGGCUCCUGUUCGGAUAUCGAUUGACGCACACCGUUUCGGCCACUCCUUGCGUUCCCUCAUUCUCAUGAAUGUUUGUCUAAAGGCACCGGGCCUUCGUCAAGUUGAUUCAGCGGAACUAGUGUUCUCAUCUUUGGAGAUGCACGCUUUCUCCCCGAUGUUGGACACAAUCAAAGCUAUUCGCGAUGUAAAGAAACUCCGCGUGACCCACAAGCUUCAUGAUGGCAGCCUAUCCGACAGGUCCUCGUUACUGCCUCCUCCUAUCCUUCCCCCUUCCAUAGACAAAAUAACCUUGCCUAUCUUGGAGGAACUUUCGAUCACGGAUCUAUAUGGUGCGCAUACCUUGACGCUUCUGGAUCUUAUCAUGACUCCAAAAGUUUCGCCUCGGAUUCAUUUCCCUGAAGUGCAAGAUUUAAUUCACUUCUUCUCCGCUACUGAGCACCCAGUUGUUCGACGUAUGCAAUCUUGCUCAUCUGGCCAUUGCCUUGGCGGUGAUAAGGAUAGGCAUUUGCACCUUGGUCCAAUCAAAUGCCCUUCUGGAGCCGCGUGCACUUGCCCUACCUUUGUUUUCCCCAUGGGCGACGUGUUUACUGAUGUUCAGGCUCUUGCUCAAGUCCUCGGAUCGAUACUGAUUACCCACUUCUCCGUAACCAUCCAUUCUGGAUCAGGCCUAACAACAAAGGGAUGGGAAACUCUCGUGCACAGUCUCAAUCAAGUUACGGAUCUGGACAUUGAGGGUGUGCAUGGCACCAAUGCAGCAAGCUUCGUCUUCGUCGAAUCACUCGAUACUCUUUUCGACACAGUCUGGUUUCCAAACUUGAUGACUCUUCGUUUGCAUUUCGUCAAGAAUUCUAGCGAUUGUCCAUCAUGGCAUGAUCAUUUGCUGUCUUGCUACUGUCUCGACUGGCUCUUAGAACUCAUGAAGAAUCGAAACAGAUUGGGAAACCCGUCAUUGAAUUCCGUCACUUUUGCGAUCCCUAGUUGCGACGCGAAGCAGGUUGUGGAAGGUUCUGAAUUCCGUGAGUCAUUGACUAUCCUUGGGCAAUUCGCUGUAGAGAUAAUAGUGGAAACAAUUGAGAGUGGUGAUUUGGAAGGACAAGCAGGAAUGCAUUAGAACGAGUACUUCUAUAAUAUUUAUGGAUAUAUAUGUCUGGUAUACAAAACCCAACAAAGAAGCAUGCAGCGUUAUCGAACCGAAGAAAUCACAAAAGUAAGU